AUGGCGCAGCUCCCGCCAUACCUGGUGCGCGUAGUGGCGACGAUCCUCACGCAGGCGCUCACGCGGAAGCUCGCCCAGUCUCCACUGUUUUUCCGCAUCGUCGAUCGCAUGAUUCACGAGAUCGACCACGUGCCACACAGGAUGCAAGGCCGACAGGUUCCCACGUACCAACCGCCAAUUGGCAUGCGCGAGAGCGAAUGGGACCAGGAUCACGGCGAGCCGCACAACGAGCCGUCGCCGUUCCCAACUGUGGGCGCCAAGGAUGGCAAGCAAGCUGGAGCGGAGGGAGCAAGCGGGACAAAGAUGAGCUUCGAGGAGGCACAGAGGCAGCGCGCCAGGACGUCCUACCAGCAAUCGCAAAGGAUCGCGCAGAGAGACCGGGCAAGGGCGCAGGCAGAGCAAAAGACGGCGCAGAACGAUAAAGUGACGCGCGAGCUCCGAGAGUUGCAGGACAAGCUGCGAGAGCUCCGUGGAAAGCCCUAG